CGACCACACACUGUCUGGAAUUUAAUUGCAAAAAAAGAAUUUUUUUAUAAGUUUUUGUUGAGUUUUUGUGAAAUAUAAAGUGUGCACAGUUUAAGAAACAAAUAUUUCAAAGAAAUCUGUGAAAUCUUUUGGUACAUUCGUGUAUGUGUUAUCGGGAAGACGUUCCCAUCAUUUUUUCAGAACAAAUGAUUUUCUUGUUUGUUGUUUUUUUUUUUUCAGUCCACCGCCACCAAAAAGAAAAGACUGUCAACUCAGACGGAUGUACAAAAAAGAUUUUGUUUAAAACCUCGACAACUUUAGAGAUCAUAUAUUUGAUGGGGAAUUGGCGUUCCAGUUGCAAGAUGGAGAAAGACCAGCCAGGAAUGACGAAAUCGCGUGCGAAUUUGGACAGGCAGCUCGCUCUCCUCGCUUCCGAUCGAAACAAAGCGGAAAGCAGACACAAAAUGAAGCAGCUCGAUGGGGCAUCGUCGGACGAUAUCAAUCGGGGGCACGAAGUUUCAGAGGAUGAUCUUGAUCUCAAUGACAUUGAACAGGCCGAUCAGGAAUCAUUGGGGGCUCUCAAUCAGCAGCCUAAAGAUGCACCAGAAGGACUACAAAUUGGAGGCAUUGAGCAGGCCGAUCUGCCAUCAUUCGAGGCUCUUAAUCAGGGGCCCGAAGAUGCACCAGAAGAACCACAAAUUGGAUGCAUUGAGCAGGUCGAUUUGCCAUCAUUGGAGGCUCCCAAUCAGGAGCCUGAAGAUGCACCAGAAGGACCACAAAUGGGACACAUUGAACAGGCCAAUCAGGCACCACUGGAGGCUCUCAAUCAGGGGCCCGAAGAUGCACCAGAAGAACCACAAGUUGGAGGCAUUGAACAGGCCAAUCAGGCAUCAUUGGAGGCUCUCAAUCAGGGGCCCGAAGAUGCACCAGAAGAACCACAAAUUGGAUGCAUUGAGCAGGUCGAUUUGCCAUCAUUGGAGGCUUCCAAUCAGGAGCCUGAAGAUGCACCAGAAGGACCACAAAUGGGACACAUUGAACUGGCCAAUCAGGCAACUAUGGGGGCUCUCAAUCAGGAGCUUAAAGAUGCACCAGAUGAACCAGAAAGCGGAGACGUUGAACAGGCCAAUCAGGCAUCAUUGGGAGCUCUCAAUCAGGGGCCUGAAGAUGUACCAGAUGAACCACAAAUUGGAGACAUUGAACAGGCAUCAUUGGGGGGUCUCAAUCAGGGACCCGAAGAUGCACCAGAAGGACCACAAAUUGGAUGCAUUGAGCAGGUCGAUUUGCCAUCAUUGGAGGUUCCCAAUCAGGAGCCUGAAGAUGCACCAGAAGGACCACAAAUGGGACACAUUGAACUGGCCAAUCAGGCACCACUGGAGGCUCUCAAUCAGGGGCCCGAAGAUGCACCAGAAGAACCACAAAUUGGAUGCAUUGAGCAGGUUGAUCAGCCAUCAUGGGGGGCUCUCAAUCAGGGGCCCGAAGACGCACCAGAUGAACCAGAAAGCGGAGACAUUGAGCAGGCCAAUCAGGCACCACUGGAGGCUCUCAAUCAGGGGCCCGAAGAUGCACCAGAAGAACCACAAGUUGGAUGCAUUGAGCAGUUUGAUCAUCCAUCAUUGGGGGCUCUCAAUGAGGGGCCCGAAGAUGCACCAGAAGGACUACAAAUUGGAGGCAUUGAGCAGGCCGAUCAGCCAUCAUUGGAGGCUCUCAAUCAGGGGCCCGAAGAUGCACCACAGGAACGACAAGUUGGAGGCAUUGAGCAGGCCGAUCUGCCAUCAUUGGAUGCUCCCAAUCAGGAGCCUGAAGAUGCACCAGAAGGACCACAAAUGGGACACAUUGAACUGGCCAAUCAGGCAAAUAUGGGGGCUCUCAAUCAGGAGCUUAAAGAUGCACCAGAUGAACCAGAAAGCGGAGACGUUGAACAGGCCAAUCAGGCAUCAUUGGAAGCUCUCAAUCAGGGGCCUGAAGAUGUACCAGAUGAACCACAAAUUGGAGACAUUGAACAGGCAUCAUUGGGGGGUCUCAAUCAGGGACCCGAAGAUGCACCAGAAGGACCACAAAUUGGAUGCAUUGAGCAGGUCGAUUUGCCAUCAUUGGAGGUUCCCAAUCAGGAGCCUGAAGAUGCACCAGAAGGACCACAAAUGGGACACAUUGAACUGGCCAAUCAGGCACCACUGGAGGCUCUCAAUCAGGGGCCCGAAGAUGCACCAGAAGAACCACAAAUUGGAUGCAUUGAGCAGGUUGAUCAGCCAUCAUGGGGGGCUCUCAAUCAGGGGCCCGAAGAUGCACCAGAUGAACCAGAAAGCGGAGACAUUGAACAGGCCAAUCAGGCAUCAUUGGGGGCUCUCAAUCAGGGGCCCGAAGAUGCACCAGAAGAACGACAUGUUGGAGGCAUUGAGCAGUUUGAUCAGCCAUCAUUGGGGGCUCUCAAUCAGGGGCCCGAAGACGCACCAGAAGAACGACAUGUUGGAGGCAUUGAGCAGUUUGAUCAGUCAUCAUUGGGGGCUCUCAAUCAGGGGCCCGAAGAUGCACCAGAAGAAUCACAAGUUGGAUGCAUUGAGCAGGUCGAUUUGCCAUCAUUGGAGGCUCUCAAUGAAGGGUCCGAAGAUGCACCAGAAGGACUACAAAUUGGAGGCAUUGAGCAGGCCGAUCUGCCAUCAUUCGAGGCUCUUAAUCAGGGGCCCGAAGAUGCACCAGAUGAACCAGAAAGCGGAGACAUUGAACAGGCCAAUCAGGCAUCAUUGGGGGCUCUCAAUCAGGGGCCCGAAGAUGCACCAGAAGAACGACAUGUUGGAUGCAUUGAGCAGUUUGAUCAGCCAUCAUUGGGGGCUUCCAAUCGGGAGCCUGAAGAUGCACCAGAAGGACCACAAAUGGGACACAUUGAACAGGCCAAUCAGGCACCACUGGAGGCUCUCAAUCAGGGGCCCGAAGAUGCACCAGAAGAACCACAAGUUGGAUGCAUUGAGCAGGUCGAUUUGCCAUCAUUGGAGGCUCCCAAUCAGGAGCCUGAAGAUGCACCAGAAGGACCACAAAUGGGACACAUUGAACAGGCCAAUCAGGCACCACUGGGGGCUCUCAAUCAGGGGCCCGAAGAUGCACCAGAAGGACCACAAAUUGGAGGCAUUGAGCAGGCCGAUCUGCCAUCAUUCGAGGCUCCCAAUCAAGGGCAGCAAAAUGCACCAAAAGAACCAGAAAGCGGCGACACUCAGCAGCCAAAUCAGAAACCGCCAGGGGAUUCCAGUGGCCAGUGGCCCAAAGAUAUACAGGGAAGGCGUGAAUCCUCUGAUGGGUCGGGUUCUAAGGAUGCAAACCAGUGGCUCUAUAGACAGGCCGAAACCGAAUUGUGCGACAUUAAGCAGUACGGUGGGGAACAGGAGCAGGAGAAUGCUUCCUCAGCUAUAGGAAUAAAUGUGAAAGACAAAGCUAUUAGCGAUGAGAAUGCGGGGGAUGUGCCUCUGUUCGAAGAUCACAAGAAGAUGCCGGACGCUGCAUCCACAACAACAUCGGAGGAUCUCCAGGAUUUCAUAGAAGUGAUGAAUGAUGGGCCCGUGGAUUUGCCAUUAGAGGAUCUCAAUCAAUAUCAAUCCAUUGAAAAAAAACUAUCAGACGCAGAAGAAGGAGAAGUUUGUAACGAUUCGGAUGUGAAAAUACCAACCCAGGGUGUCCAGAAACCACAAGAAUACAGUGAUUGCGAAGAAGGAGAAGUUCUUACCGAUGACAAUGACGAUGAUGCUUCAUUCUACAAUUCCGGCAAAAAGGACAUCCGUCAUUCGACGCCGUUUCCCAAGGAAAACAACUAUCGGAUGUUUGAGAAGAAGCAGCUGCCAAUGCCGAAGCUCAAUGGUGCGAGCAAUUACUUGAUGGGACUACAAAAAAUGCCUCAUGCCUUCAUCCCUGGAAUGCAGCAGCCGGAUGCAGAUCCAUUCUACUCACAGGCCAAGUCACAUAUGAGGAUUGGUCCCCUGCUGCCGACACCAUUGUUCAUCAAGUCAUUGCCAUUCGACUUGACAGAGGCUCCCAAUCGGAAUGAGACGUAUACGCGCAAGACCACGGAAUUUGUUGGGGCACCGAUCUCGUGGCACAGCGAAGGAGGCGACCCCACGAAGGAGGCCGAGGGUUCGUCGUCCCUCACGAAUUCUGGAAAGAAAUCCAUCUCUAGAAGCUCAUCGCCACGCACUCGAAAGAGAACCCGCUCGCCGCCAAUCACAUUGAAGAGAUCCCGCUCCAGAUGCUUGUCCCCCAGCGUGUCUCCCCCUAGAUAUGGCUACAGCAAGCGCCGUCGUUGUCGCAAUCGUAGAACAUCUCGUCGCUCGCGUACCGGUUCCCCCAGUACCAGUUUCAGUCGCAGCUCAUCCCGUUCACCGAAGAGAAGUCCGCGUCGACGACCGAGACAACACUCAUCUUUUAGUCCUCGCAAAUCGCCCCAUCGGGCUGUAUCUCGGUAUCGAGGGAAUUCCAUACGGCGUCGGUCCCGCAGUCCUCCCAUACGUUGUCGCUCCCGCAGCCCUCCCAUACGUCGUCGCUCCCGCAGCCCUCCCAUUAGCCGUCGCUCCCGUAGUCCUUACGUGCGCCGUCGCUCGCCCAGUCCUUUGGCACGCCGUCGCUCCCGCAGUCCUCCCACACGCCGUCGUUCGCGACAUGCUUCUAAACAAUCCCGAGGCUUGGUCCGUCCACUGCCCAUGGCACGGCGAAAGCGAAAGAUCAGCACCUCAUCGAGCAACUCAUACAAUGCCUCAGAGGAUUCAGCAUCUUCGAGCGAUUCGAGCUUCAAGCGUGCUUUACGGCGUGCGAAGACACCUAAAAAAGGGCCGAAAACCCCACCAGAUUCCCCGCCACCCGAAGACCCAUCAAAGUCUCGAAAGAAGUUCUUACAAAACGAGCUUUUGCGUUUGAAUGAAAAAAUUGAGGCAGUGAAAAAGUUGCGACAAAUGAAGUUGAUGAAACUAACAUCUAAUUUAGAUCCCAGAUUCAAAAGCUAAAACCCAACGAAUAACCAAAGAUUUUUGUAGCUUAGGAACUAGAAUUGUAUCAAAGAAUAAAUCCAUAACGAUGCCUGGGAUGCAAGCCGU